AGACGAUGAAGCCUCAAACCUCUCGCAGCUCCCGAGUCUUACCUACCUACCUACUCUACCUUUACCAUACCCGUCCCGAGCUGCAAACCACCUCAUGCAGUGAACAUCUCAUCCAUCGAAUUUCUCUUGAGUCUUUCUCUUCCAACGAACCCCCCUACUCCGUCCGUACAGAGUAUGUAGGUAAAUUGCACGAUCUAGGGCUGGCACUUACCCAAGUGACGUUUUCGACUCUUUUGGGGUUUCCUCUCUUCAGACCACCCUCAUAGCAAUACCGCAAAAACCGGGCAUUCCAUUCCCUGUUGCAUCCCCUUUACUCGUGCCGGGACGAUACGGGUAACUCCAGAUGGAUGUGUCGGGCGCAUCCGGGUCAAAAAUGACCACAACCAACCCAGACCAGGCGCUGCGGGAAUCCAAACCCCCAGCUACUGAUCCAUUCACGUACCUAACCAUUAUCGGCGAAGUCUUGUCACCUAAGGUACUCCCCACCUUGCACGAGAUCCUUCAAGAUGCCCAGCUCACCCAGGAAAUCGGCUGGGAUCUGGUCGGUAUGCUCGUCCCGGUUCAGGGCAGCGAGCAGUGCUUGAGGGCAAUCGCUCAGCUUGGUAACCCUCGAGAGGUCAUUAUUAAGGUGCUCGAAGCCCUCGAGCAGGCGGUCGAAAAAUCUGACCAGGACGAGGCCGACGAGGCCGACGAGGAGAAGAAUCAAAUUGUAACCCGCACCUUCGUCACCCUGUUGGGUAUGCUGAGUAUUCUGCACAGCCGACUCAAGGUUCGACAGCCUUCUCGCUUCGUCCAUUCGACCCUACAGGCCGUCUUGCGUGCCUAUCGACCACACAACUCGGAGAUGACUGCCGCUGUCAUCGGCCUCGUCCGCUCCCUCUGGGGAGAGAAGCGUCCUCCACUGCCCAACCGCCAGUCCAGCACAAAAACCAUGGACACCCCUUUUACACACCCCGAUGCGACCGAGAACGCCCCCGACCCCGAGGCAAUGCAGACCGAGGAGCCAGCUUCGUCAGAACCGGCUCUCGUCAAGAGGCUGCUGCAGUCCUUCAUUACCUGCGUUGUCGAGGCGUAUGUAAACGCUUCCAGCCUGGAGUGGGGUUCUCGGUUGCUCGAGUUUUAUAAUCCCGAGAAAGUUGUCUUUAGAAAAAGUGUGCUGCGGGCCUUCAAGGAUGACGAUACCCUGCAGGCUCGAGAUGCUCUGGUAGGCCAGCUUGUGGCCACUGCAGGCGAUCUUGGUCUCUCCACUGUCGACUCUCUCGCGCCCCAAGACAUCUUUGAAGGUCCUGUGGUCACCGAACCCCUGGCGGGGGAGCUAGACUAUUCGGCCGGGCCGGACGGCAUUGCAUUGUCAACGGGCGGGAUUUGGUGUCUGAUCGGUUAUUGGAUCUUUGCACGCGAAGUCUUUGAUGCCGAUCACGACCAGAUCCAAAUGUCUAUGAUUCCCGAUCUUUUCAAUGUGCUAAGGCGCUUCAUCGGCGAAGAGGACUCAGAAGGGCAGAUUCGCAAGAAUCCUGGCACGGCCGAGGCGUUGCUAGUCAUUGGCCUGUGGCUGGACAAUGCGAAACGUGUUGCGGGGGGCAAAGCGGAGACGGCAGACUUCAUGCCGUACCACCAUCAGCUGACGCUUAUCUCUGUAUUUCACCCGUCUCUCUCCGUCCGCAACGUUGCAACCACCCUCGCGGGCAUCGUGCUACACUCCGACCCAGACCCGCAGGACAGACUCAAGAUUCUCGAAGAUCUCUUGGAGAACUGCGUCUUCUCGGCUCUCCAAGCCUCAGCCGUGUCGUGGCUCCGGGAGGAGAUGCUCGUUGCUCGAGAGACCAAGGCGAGCAACCCCUUCUCGAGCAAAGAGGUCAUCAACGUCUUGCAGCAUCUACUUUUCCCAGACCUGACGCAACUGAACGAGGAAGCUGUUUCAGAGGUGUGGGAGUUUUGGGCACAAAACCACCCCUACCAUCUUCAGGUAGCCAGUUUUGCCUAUUUGCUCUUUAACGGCGAGGAUUUCAAGGGGAACAUCCCCGAGGGACUGGGGCCGCUGGCACGGGACCGGUACGCUGAGCCGCUACUUAAGGCCGGACGGAGGCUUCGAAAGGCCCUCGAGGACAAGGAGUUGGAUGAUAUGGGCAUGGGCACCGAGGCAUUGAUGCAAUUGGAUAUAUUGGCUCACCAACUCGGCGCGCUGAAGUUUUGAAACCCGCCAGGGCACUUGGCCAGUCUCUCUAGUGUAAAAUAAAGAGUUCGAUGGGUUCAUUCCCCUAUUGAUUUGUGCACGAAUAUCGAGUCAAAAACGCGAAUGGAUUGAUAUGAACGAUUACUAUGAGUUUACAUCGUUUUAGAUAAUCUGACAGCACGGAAGACGUGGUGAGGGGCCUGGUUUGGAUCCGGAACGGAUUGUGGGGCCAUGGCGGAAAACGGGAAACGGACGAUGGCGCACUAAGAGCCCACAAGGAAGACUAAAAGUGAACAGGAUCCAGCAGGACGUUGUGUUUUCCACGUUGAAGGCAUCAUGUACAGACAAAAUGAGUCGGAAUCAUUGGAAACUUAAGUGAGUACUAGAACAUAAGAG